ACCUUUCCUACCUCUGUGACUUCCUCCAGGAGGGUGUUACAGCGAGAGACCCGUGUUGCUUGCAGCCAGCAGGCAGUGCUGACAGCAGGCAGGGAUUUACAACGCUGGGUCCUGUGCCAGAGAGCGCCGAAAUGGGGCAGAGUUUUAGGCAGUAUCUGCGUCUGGCCCUCAUCCUCCUAAUUCUGCAUCUGGAGUCUGCAGUGACCAGUGAUCCCCCUCACAGCUGCUAUGGGGCUCCAGGCCUGCCAGGCAUGCCGGGUGUGCCAGGCAGGGACGGCCGGGAUGGGUUGAAGGGAGCCAAAGGCGAGCCAGGCAUUCCGGCCAUUCCUGCUGCACAAGGUCCCAAAGGCAUGAAGGGGGAACCAGGCAUUCCUGGCUUGAGGGGUAAGGUGGGCCCCAUCGGUCCUGCUGGUCCCCCUGGAGACCCAGGGGUGAUGGGUGCUGCUGGAGUGCAGGGGCUGCCGGGCACCUACAAGAGGAUGCACCAGUCAGCGUUCUCAGUGACGAGACAGACUGGUGCGAACCCCAUGAAGAACGUCCCCGUGAUCUUCAACAAUGUCAUCACCAACACCAACAAUGACUACAGCACCACUACAGGCAAGUUCACCAGCAAGAUCUCCGGCCUCUACUACUUCGUCUUCCACAGCUCAAUGGAAAGGAACCUCUGCGUCCUCCUAUUCAAGGACAGUGUCAAGAAGGCCAGCUUCUGUGACCACAAGACCAACAACAUCCAGGUCACCUCUGGUGGAGUCCUCCUCCACCUGGAGGCUGGGAACCAGGUCUGGCUGGAGGUGAAUGAUUACAAUGGCAUGGUGGGCACUGGUGUAUCCGACAGCAUCUUCUCGGGAUUCUUGCUCUUCCCAGACUAAAGGAGCACCAGAGCUUACCCAGCACGAAGAGCUCUAUGCCCUGCCCUGUCAAUAAAUCCUUCCCUGAUGUGCC